CUCCUCCUUCACUACCAUACUCGAUCGACUAUCCCCAUCGAACUAAACUACCGAUCGGCUAUCCCCAUCAAACUAAACUACCGCCCUUAACAACAACAACCCCAUCUCACGCCUCACAUCCUCAACCAUCUCUCCGACCCCACCUCCCCCCCUCGUUUCUUCUUCUUCCACCAUCGUUCCCACCUUGCUCUAUCUUACCUGCAUCGCCUGCAUCAAACUCCUUCACCACCCUCACCACCCUCACCCUCGCCCUCACCGACAUCCCUACUCCCUCGCUCUAUAAAACUCUCCUCUGCCUAUUGCCGCUCCUAGAAACCACCACCCCCAUCAAACUACCAAUAUCUCCCAUCUCCACGUUAUCUUGCCUCGUCUCCAUCGAGAGAGUGUCGAACAAAGUUGAGAGGUGACAAGAACCAGCCCUCCCUGACAAUAUUUGUCCCACCCCACUCAGCCGCACACCCACCUCUGCCGGUCAAGACAUCCUCCUCCAUCAGCCAACCCUUCCGCACUCGUCGAAUCCACUUAUAAGGACCACCGCCCGCCCCCCCAAAUCCCUCCCGACCAGUUUGUCCAUCUACCCGCACCAACAGCUUUGUCAUAUUUGCGCCUUCCUAACUCUAAUAUAUAUCACCUUGCUCAUUAUCCCACUCCACGGAUAUUCAGAAGAGACGCGGGAUUCACUCCAACUACCGGCUCUCACCUGGUCACUACUACUCACUAGUCUACCUGCUGGCUUCUCGGAGUAUAUAUAGUAACCGCCAUACGCCACGGACCUGAACGUGCCUACACUUACCACCGCGAUCCGAUUAAAGGAAUCCUCUCCAAAACAGACUGGCCUGGCCUACUCCUCCCAGCAUGACGUCCCACCGACGCGGGCCCUGGUCUCAAGCCGAAGACGGCUACCUCACCCAACUCGUGCACACCCAAGGUCCCCUCAACUGGGUCCGCAUCGCCUCCCUCAUCAACUCCCGAUCCCCCAAACAGUGCCGCGAGCGCUACCACCAAAACCUCAAGCCCACCCUGAACCACGAGCCGAUCAGCCCCGACGAGGGCCUCCUCAUCGAGCGCCUCGUCUCCGAGAUCGGGAAGCGCUGGGCCGAGAUCGCGAGGCGGCUGCACGGCCGCAGCGAUAACGCCGUCAAGAACUGGUGGAAUGGGAGUAUGAAUCGCAGGCGCCGCUUGGUGGUGAGGAGGGGGACGUCGUCGCGUGCGCAGGAGGACUAUGAGGAGUCGCAGGAGAUGGAGUCGUACUCGCGCCACUCGGGUCAUCAUCACCAGCCACUAACUAUCACCUCGCCUUACUCCCCGGGACGGAGGCACAUCGAUCAGUCCCUCCCUUCUCCGGUGGUCUCUGAAUCCUCGCGCGCGGAAUCAGUCAGCAACCCGCCUUCCCUCGUCUCGGACUCCGGAUCUCGCCACUCUACUUCUCCCCGUGGCCAGCCAUCUCCUAUCAUCUCUCUCCCCCCGCCAGCGGGCCACUCCGCAGACGACAGGAGACAGAGUCUUCCUAUUCUGCAUUUCCCAUCUAGCAGCUACAACUCGCAAUCAGACGCCCAGAAUCACUCUUUCUCGUCACGCUACGCUCAGGGGAUGAAAUUCGCACCGCGGCCAAACCACCCGCCGCCGUAUGCGCCGCCAACGAGCAGGUGGUAUGAUAGUGCGCCGCCACAGCAGUCUAAGUACAGGCCGAGUUACUCGGAUGCGCAGCCGCGUAUGCUGCAGGAGCGGGCGGUGGCGUCGGUGCAGCUGCCACCAAUACAGUCACUAUCGAGGCUCUCAGUGAGGACGCCUGAGAGUCCUGCGAACCGUAUGAAUAUUGCCUCAGUACUUGGUUAGGAAAUAUACGUCAUCAGUCAGUUGGGAAUUGGGAGUUUGCAGAAGGCUGCUUUUAGGCGCUAUUCAUUUAUCCCUGGCGGAGAAGGGAGAUAUCAUCUGCAUUUACGUGGGAAGGGAGUAUAGAAGGGCAUCUAGGAUGGGAUGGAUGGGAUGGAUGGGUAUAUUUUGUGCCGUAUUUACUGGAUCUCGGGAUCCAAGACGCACGCCAACCUUGAUACUAAGUGCGGCGUGACGGCGUUGUUUAUUUUUUGGUGGUUGGACUUUUUAUGAUGGAUGGAUAGAUACCCAGGGAUUACUUUUUUGGAUUUGCGGAUUAUUAGGGGAUGAGAUGUUGAAUUAACGUGUUAACGUCUAUUAUAUAAUGAAUUAAUUUAUGUCUG